CAGUUCCAUGGGGUAUACCGAAGCAAAAACGUUCCUCUAGACUCUUCCCUUGUUUCUGUUAAAAUAUUGUCACUUGUGAUCACCGAUGGCCACAGCAGAACCUGAAGUUCCGGUCACCGAGCAGCCGCCUCCGGCGGAGAAGCUUGUGAAGGAGAAGAAACCCAAAGCUCCAAGGGAGAAGAAGCCGAAGGUUACAAAGGAGAAAAAGCCUAGGCAACUAAAAUCCGCUGCUCAUCCUCCUUACUUCCAGAUGAUAAAAGAGGCGAUUCUGGCUUUGAACGAGAAGAGUGGUUCGAGUCCGUACGCAAUAGCCAAGUACAUGGAAGAGAAGCACAAGGCGGUUCUUCCAGCGAAUUUUCGAAAAAUAUUAGCUCUUCAGCUUAAAAACUCUACUGCGAGAGGCAAACUGAUAAAGAUCAAGGCCUCUUACAAGCUCUCCGAAGCUGGUAAAAAAGCUACGAAAGCUAAAUCAGAGAAGAAAGCGAAGCCAGCUGCGAAGCCGAAGAAAGCAGAGGCUACAAAGAAACCGGCAAAGAGGGUUGGAGCUAAGAAGAAAUCAACUCCUGCAAAACCAAAGCAGCCUAAAUCCAUCAAGUCAGCCUCCGCUAAAAGGGCCAAGAAGACUGCGUAGCACCAAGUUGUAGAAAGUUUUGAAGUUUUUAUAUAUGUAUAUAUAUGAAUGUAUAACGAAAAUAGUUGGAGGUUGUUUGUGCUUUUGAUCUUCUCCAUAGUGGGAGGUUGUUUGUGCUUUUGAUCUGCAAUGGAGAAGAAGCGACUUUCGGAUGUAUGAAAAUCUCUAUAAUAAAUAACAACCCAAUAUUCCAAA